AGUUUUUCUCUCGACUUGGAUAUAUAAAUAUAUGUCUCUACGAACCAAAAGAAAGAGAGCAAAGUAAGAAAUAGAAGAGAAAGAGCGAGACAUAUGUUGGAAGAUGGGAACAAAGUGUUAUUCAAAAUUACGUUAUGUUGUCGUUCUGGUUUUGCUGCUUUUCGUCUUCCCUUGCAGCCUUAGCCAAUCGGCUCCUUCCUCAGUUACCGGCAGGAGAUUGAUGGGAAUAUAUAUGCCGAAUGGGGGAAUAAUAGCAGGAUCUUCACCUAGUGGACAAGCACCAAACAUAAAUAAUAAUUACCACGGGAGGAGAUUGAUGAUCAGUGAAGCAAGACCUUCAAAAAGCAAAAAAGGUGGUGGUCGCGAGCCUGAAAGUCCGGGCUGAAAUCGAAACUAAUUCUUGAAAUCAAGAAAAGUCGGGUAUUAUUGCUAGUGUGAAUCCUUCGACCAUGCCAUAAAUCAGUUAGGUAAACUAUAUGCUAGUGCGAUUGACCAAAAAAAAAAAAAAACUAUAUGCUAGUGCAAUAAUGUAUCUUUGAACAAAAUAAAAACAAAAUAAUGUAUCUUUGAUUUUAAUAAGAUUUUCUAUUCAUAAUGUAUCUCAAUUGUCCAAUCGAAAACAUUCUUAUUUAAUCGUCAUCUUAAAUGUGUGUAAUAUCAAUGCCAAUUGAUUGCGGCCACCCGUCUUUCAUUUUCAUAUCCUUCCGGUGUAAUUGAGUGGGUCAAAAACAAAAGUAACGUCGCUAUGUUAUUUGGUCAAUAUUUUAUUUGGGUGUUGAUGAAUAAUAUUUAUUAUAGAAAUAUGUGAAUAUGGUUGUCCAUAUAUAUGCACUGACUCAUAAUUAACAGUCGUCGGCACUAGACUACAUUUGGUUUUCUUUGUUUUUAUGCACUAAAAUUCAAUGAUUGCUGCCUAAAAAGUCCAACAAGUUUGAACUCUACUGAAUAAGAUCGUUCGACGUAGACAACUCUAAAAUUUAAUAUUGCAAAAUAGUAUGCAUAUGUAAAUACGCGAUUGUAAAACUCAGAUAUUAUUAUUUGCAAAUGUUCAGUUACUAUAAGACUGUUUUCACCAUUUUCUUUAUUUUUUAAUUUGAUGAUAAGCUUGCCAGUUCAUCAGACGACUCACGUUCUUUGACCUCUUAUCCGUCACUUCUGGAGACUAGUUUGCUUACGGGCCUUUUCCUUUAAACGAUUUAGAAGGAGGCAUAUAGGAUUUGGGAGGUCGAGGGCGAGGUGGAGGAGGAGGAGGAGGAGGAAGAGGAACGUAAUCCAAGCGCAAUUUGUUCCCUGUUAACAAUAAAUGUGAUUACAAGUUCAAUGUAUCAAUAUGUAUGCAUGAAAUCGCCAGUUAUAUUGGUGAAAAGUCCAAUAAC